UCUCCCUCUCUCUAGCUCUACUUUCUCUCUCUAUAUGUCGACAUGAAAGAACCAUCUUUCUCGCGUCGUAGCAGACCCAACAAAUCCCAAAAACUCAAUCUCGUGUGCAGCUUUAACGGCUCAUUUCAACCCCGACCACCGUACGGAAAGCUCCGGUAUACAGGCGGCGAGUCUCGUAUCAUCUCCGUCGACCGAAACAUCGGGUUUUCAAGACUCAAAUCAAAGGUUUCGGAGCUUUUUUGCCCUAAAAACACUUUCUCAUUCUCUCUCAAGUACCAACUCCCGGACCCUGAAACUAUCGACGAAGACGCUCCUCUGGUUCUAAUCACGUCAGACGACGACGUUCGGUGCAUGAUUGAUGACUAUGCAAAGUUCGAAUCGUACGGUAAGUACACUAGGCUUUGGAUUUUUGUAUGUAGUGAUAAUGGAUACCCUGUGAACCAUGAUAUAUCUGUCAAUUAUCUUGAAACUGAGAAUUUGAAUAACGGGUCUGGAGUUUUGUAUAAAUACAAGGGUUUCGAUGAUGAUACAAAAGGAACUUGUGUGAAUAGUUUGAUUGAUUCUUUGUGUGAUAAUGUGCUUGAGAGUCAAAAUUUAAUAACCCAUUUGUAUGGAGGUGGUUUUGGUAGUGAUGAAGUUAAGAAUUUGGCCACCAAUAUCACCGGAGUUCGAAAUUGUGAUAAUUCUUUAAGAAAAAUGGUUGUGAAACAACCGCUGUUAGGAAAUCCAUUGGCUCAGGUUCAGAGUUUUCACGGUGGUUUGGGGCUUCCUGUUGAACAAGCCAAUAUGGAAUUGAUGAGCGAAAACAAAAAAUCUGAUCAACCACUCAUGGACUUAAAUUUUGAACCAGAAAGCCAUAUGAGCCAAGAAAGGACAAACCCAAAUCUUGGUGGUGACCGGUUUAGUGUUGACAUGUUAGAUUACAUAAACACAAAUAUUCAUUUUCCCAAAAGUGAAAAUUUUGGCAAUUUGAAUCAGCUGCCGGUGUUUCAUUCUCAUCCCCUAAAUCCAAGACAUGGAAAUCUUCCUGUGGAAGGGAAUCAUUCUAUGCAAUGUUUAGCUGGUUUGGUUUUGGGCAAUGGAGCUGGAGCUAGUUCUGUAAGUUCUAGUAAGUUUAUUGCUGGAGUGCAGUUCCCAAAACAAUCAUGUAACUUCAACAUGAAUCUGAUGCCUAUCAACUGUGAUGCUAAGUAUGAGUUGAGAAGGAUGGAGCCAGGUCCGGUACCGAUGAGUAAUUUGAAUAGGGAGAACAUUAGGCCACAGGCUGCCAAUUGCGAUUCAGUACAGAAUAAUUUUGUGUCACUCUCCUGCAGCAAUCAGUUGAAUCCAAAUGUCUAUCCAAUUGAAUCUUCAUAUGGCGGUGACAAGGUGAGGGGCAAUCUUUGUGGUGGCACCAAAAAUAACCGAUUUUGUAAUGGCAAUGCAAAAAAUCAGAGAAAUUUCCCAUAUUACAUUCGGAAUCAUCGGAGUAAUCUCACUGAGAUGGGGAAACAUCGUAGUGUUAGAAUAGAUGGAAGGCCUUGGGUAGGAAAAUUCUAUCCUGGGCUUAGGCCGAGUUCAAGCAUCUCAAAGCAGGGGCAGGCUAUGAGAUCAUACCGUGCCACUUUUUGCAAGCCUUGGUCUAGUUAUCAUGAUCAUACCCUGGAAGGAAUUAAGGGAAUUAUGAAUUCUGGCCUAAAUAACCGAACUGACACAUUAGACCAUCCCCAUGGCAGUAAAGAAAAUUUGAAGGACAAGGGUCACCUUGGAGUUCCACAACAUGGAACACGAAAUCAUAAGGAAUAUCCGUCAGGUUAUCAUGGUGCAUGCAGUAGCUUGGAUGACCAAUCUCUCUUGCCUUUUAGCUUUACCGAGAACCUGACAACAUGUGCAAGGGUUAUGGAAGGUCAGGAAGAUCUCUUAACUGGUUCCAAUGCUGAGAAGGAUGAAGUUCAAUAUCAAGCGGCCUGCAAAAAUUUUCGUGAACGGCCCAUGAAUACCCUACCAAUUUCUUAUGAUAUUAAACAUGAAACAUAUCUGGAAGGGUUACAGGAAGCUGUCAGCAUCUCUGGUUUUUCAAAUGAUUUAGGUUCUAGCUUUGGAACAGGAUUGGGAUGCAAUGGUAAGUUGUCUAAUAGAGAAGCAGGUAUAAAGUCGUUCGGCAACCAUCAAAAUAGUUCUCAUGCUAUACAACGUGGGAUUGCACACAUUGUGCAUCUUUCUUUGUGUAACCUCUCCUUGUCGUCAUCCAAAGAAGUGGAAUCCUCAGUCCAUUCUUCUGCUGCUAACAAUGAUGUUUCUGAACCCUUACUAAAACCUCAACCGGAGCUUUUGGAUCUCAUGGAUGAAGAAUACCUCAGUUCAACUCAACUUGAAAAAUCAAAUGGAGUUGCAUCUAAUUAUUUUUCUCAGAAUGCUGUCAAGUUGGAAAAAGAGAGAGAACAAAAGCAAGAGAUUCAGCAGGACCCUCCAUCCAGUUCAAUCAUUGUUGGAAAGGCUGACAUUGAAGGAUCUCAUAAAUGCACUAAAGUAAAUGGUGAAAUACCCACAAACCUUGCUGCAUUUUAUACUCAUCUAGCUACUCCAAAGCUGCAGACUAUAAACAAUUCUGACCUUGAAUAUAUUAAAGAACUUGGCUCGGGUACAUAUGGAACUGUUUUCCACGGAAAAUGGAAGGGAUCUGAUGUUGCCAUUAAAAAGAUAAAGCCAAGUUGCUUCGAUGAAGGUGCACUGCAGGAGGAUCGGUUGGUUGAGGACUUCUGGAAGGAAGCUCACAUACUAGGGCGGCUUCACCAUCCGAACAUUGUGGCAUUCUAUGGUGUAGUUACAGACAGCCCUGUGACAAAUUUGGCAGCAGUGACAGAGUUCAUGUUUAAUGGAUCCCUUAAGCAGGUUUUGCUGAGAAAAGAUAGAACUAUUGAUCGUCGAAAAAGGUUAAUAAUAGCGAUGGAUGCAGCCUUUGGUAUGGAAUAUCUUCACGAGAAGAAGAUUGUCCAUUUUGACUUGAAAUCUCACAACUUCCUAGUAAAUAUGAGGGACCCUCAGCGACCGAUUUGCAAGAUUGGUGAUUUAGGUUUAUCAAAAAUUAAAAAAAGGACACUCGUCUCUGGUGGGGUACGAGGAACCAUACCUUGGAUGGCUCCUGAACUUUUAAACAGUAAGAACAAUAUGGUAACUGAGAAGGUUGAUGUGUACUCAUUUGGAAUAGUCAUGUGGGAACUCUUGACUGGUGAGGAACCUUAUGGGAAUAUGCGGUCAGAGAAAAUAAUAGCUGGUAUACUAAAAGGUGAUCUUCGACCUGAAAUCCCAACCUGGUGUGACCCAGCAUGGAAGUCAUUGAUGGAGAGGUGUUGGUCAUCAGAUCCAGACUCUAGGCCAUCCUUCUCAGAAAUUGCAAAGGAGUUGCGUGCCAUGUCAGCAGCCAUGAACAUCAAGUGACCACAGUGUGGUUGAUCCCCAUGGAGUAUUCUUCUUUUGUGUGAAUACUAGAAGGCACACUGAGACUUGAUUUUUGUUUGCCGAUCUGAACAUUAACCUUGUUGGUGACACUUACUUUUGCAAUUUUUGGUUGAAAUGGAGAGUUUAUGUGAGAGCAGAAUCAACUUUUGUAUCAGUUGAUUCUAAAUUUCUCAAGGAAGAUGGAAGGCAAUGAAUGAUUUUUUUUUUUGGGUCCUUUUGUCAGGGCUACAAAUGGUCAAGCACUGUUGUACAUAGACAAUAUUGCUAAUCGAUAUUUGUUGAUGAUUUCUGCAGUCUC